AUGCCAAAGUCGAUAUCCGUCCGCAAGGUCGACGGCAAGCCUGGCCAAGUCUACUACCCUCUUUCUCUCGACGAAGUCCCGAAACCUACUCCUAAGCCCAGUCAACUUCUCAUCCAAGUCCGCGCCGCAGCGCUGAAUCACCGCGACCUCUUCAUUCGACAGCACCUGUACCCUGGUAUUGAAUUCGGCAUUCCCCUCCUCGCCGAUGGCUGCGGCACCGUAGUGAGCGUCGGAUCCUCCGCCCCGCAGUCCUGGCAAGGGAAGCGGGUGGUCGUCAAUCCUGGCAGCGGCUGGAAGGAUGACAUGGACGGCCCCGAAGACAAGACCGGCUACAAGAUCCUCGGAGGUACAAAACAGAACCCCAAUGGCACGCUCCAGGAAUACAUGGCUGUGGAGGCGGAUGAGGUAGAAGAAGCCCCCAGUCAUCUAAGCGAUGUCGAAGCCGCCGCAGUGCCCCUGACUGGUCUCACCGCCUGGCGUGCCGUCAUGGUCAAGUGCGGAGAGCAUAAUUUGAAGGCAGGAAGAAAUAUCCUGAUCACGGGCAUCGGUGGCGGAGUGGCAUUGAACGCACUAGAGUUUGCGAGGGCGGCGGGCGCCAAUGUGUGGGUGACGAGUGGCAGCCAGGAGAAGAUCGACAAGGCUGUCAAGUUGGGUGCUAGGGGUGGUGUAAUCUACAAGGAGAAGGAUUGGGACAAGAAGCUGCUGGGUAUGCUGCCCAGCGACAACAAGCAGCUUGACGCCAUCGUGGAUGGUGCCGGCGGGGAUGUCGUUUCCAAGGGUGCACGGCUCCUCAAGGCCGGUGGCAUCAUCUCCAUCUACGGCAUGACCAUCUCUCCGAAGAUGGACUUUCUGAUGCAAGCGGUGCUCAAGAACAUCGAAGUCAAGGGCUCGACCAUGGGCUCCCGCAAGGAGUUCAAGGACAUGAUUGACUUCAUCAAGCGCACAAAAGCCGCGCCGGCCGUGUCACGGGUCGUCAAGGGUCUGGAUCUGGACGCCAUCAAUGGGCUGUUCGAGGAUAUGAAGAACAGCAGCCAAUUCGGAAAGCUGGUCGUGCAGGUUAGUGAAGGAGAUAGUAAGCUGUAA